AUCGUGAAGCUUAAUUCUGAUCUCUCUCAAGUCCGAAAGUGGCUCAUCAAGAAUAAACUUCUAAAUCAAAACUCUUGUAUAUUGGGUCCUCCUACAGUCUGAACAAUGAGAUAAGUUAGCAACCUGUUGUGGUAAAUGAUCAACCUAUAUCGAGAACUAGUGCACAUAAGUGCCUUGGCGUUCACAUAGAUGAAAAGCUUAGCUGGGACUGUCCUGUCGAUACGAUCCGUAAAAAGGUUAGCGCGGGUAUAGGAGCCAUGCGGUGCAUCAAAAAUUUUGUUCCCGUAGCUACUCUGGAAACAGUUUAUAAGGGCUUAGUUCAGCCAUAUUUUGAGUACUGUUCCCCUUUGUGGGACACCUGCGGCAAGUUAUUGAAAGAUAAACUGCAACAAGUUUAG